AUGCUAUUAUUUCUUAAUUAUGCACUAACCCCUCUCUUGAUAGCACAUGGUGGCUCGUCGCCCAGUAAUAACAAAACUCAUUCCUUUAGAGCCUCUUCUUCUUUUACUCCUUCCAUCCCUCAAACAAGUACUUAUGAUGUUUUCUUGAGUUUUAGAGGCGAAGACACCCGUUAUAAUUUCACUGAUCACCUCUACAAAGCUUUGGGUAGGAGAGGGAUUCGCACCUUCAGAGACGAUAAACUCAGGAGAGGAGAAGCGAUUGCUCCAGAACUCUUGAAAGCCAUUGAAGAAUCAAGGUCUUCCGUAAUUGUUUUCUCUGAAAACUAUGCUCGUUCGAGAUGGUGUUUGGAUGAGUUGGUGAAGAUCAUGGAGUGCCAGAAAGAUCUGGGACAUACUGUUAUCCCAAUUUUCUAUCAUGUGGAUCCAUCCCAUGUGCGAAAGCAAGAAGGAAGCUUUGGAGAGGCCUUUGCCGGUUAUGAAGAAAACUGGAAGGACAAGAUACCAAGGUGGAGGACGGCCUUGACGGAAGCAGCCAAUCUUUCUGGAUGGCAUCUACAAGAUGGGUAUGAGUCCAAUCAAAUUAAAGCAAUAAUUGAUAGCAUAUUCCAUCAAUUGAAAUGUAAGAGGCUUGAUGUUGGUGCCAAUUUAGUUGGUAUAGAUUCCCAUGUAAAAGAGAUGAUUUUGCGGUUGCAUAUGGAAUCACGUGAUGUUAGUAUUGUUGGGAUAAGUGGAGUUGGUGGGAUAGGUAAGACAACCAUCGCAAAAGUUAUAUAUAAUAAACUUUCUUGCAAAUUUGAAUGUAUGAGCUUUCUUGAAAAUAUUAGAGAAAUUUUCAAUGCCCAAGGUUUAUCUCACUUACAAAAUCAACUUCUUGGUGAUAUCCUAGAGGGAGAGGGGAGUCAAAAUAUAAAUAGUGUUGCCCAUAGAGCAAGUAUAAUAAAGGACAUUCUCUCAUCUAAAAGAGUUUUUAUAGUUCUUGAUGAUGUUGAUGAUCCAAGUCAAUUAGAAUAUUUACUUGGACAUCGUGAAUGGCUUGGAGAAGGAAGUAGAGUCAUCAUAACAACUAGAAAUAAACAUGUGUUAGCUGUACAAGAAGUGGAUGACAUAUAUGAGGUUAAGGGAUUGAAUUUUAAAGAAGCUCGUGAACUUUUCAGUUUGUAUGCCUUUAAACAAGAGCUUCCCAAAUCAGAUUAUAGAAACAUCUCAUGUCGUGUUGUAAGCUAUUGUCAAGGGCUUCCAUUAGCUCUAAAAGUUUUAGGUUCUCUCUUAUUCAAGAAGACAAUACCUCAAUGGGAAAGUGAAUUGAAUAAAUUGGACAGAGAACCUGAAAUGAAAAUUCACAAUGUGCUUAAACGAAGCUAUGAUGGAUUAGAUCGUACAGAAAAAAAUAUAUUUCUUGAUGUUGCAUGUUUUUUUAAAGGUGAAGAUAGGGAUUUUGUGUCAAGAAUAUUGGAUGGUUGUGAUUUCCAUGCGGAAAGAGGAAUAAGAAAUCUAAAUGAUUUGUGUCUUAUAACUCUCCCAUACAACCAAAUACGUAUGCAUGAUUUGAUACAACAGAUGGGUUGGGAAAUUGUUCGUGAAAAAUUUCCUGAUGAGCCAAACCAAUGGAGCAGAUUGUGGGAUCCCCAUGAUAUUCAACAGGCACUUAGAACAUCUAAGGAAAUACAAAAAGCUCAAACAAUAUCCUUGGACUUGUCUAAGUUAAAAAGAGUAUGCUUCAAUUCAAAUGUUUUUGCAAAGAUGACUAGUCUUCGAUUGCUCAAAGUUCAUUCAGGCGUCUAUUAUCAUCAUUUUGGAUGUAUUCACGAGAAGGAUUAUUAUGCUAUAAUAAAAAAUACUUCUAAAAUGCGACUUGACAUGAAAUUUGAAUUUCCUUAUGAGUUAAGGUAUCUUUAUUGGGAUGGAUAUCCUUUAGAUUUUUUACCAUCAAACUUUGAUGGAGAGAAGCUUGUUGAACUUCACUUGAAGUGUAGCAACAUAAAACAGUUGUGGCAAGGGCAUAAGUAUCUUGAAAGGUUAAAGGUCAUUGAUCUAAGUUACUCAAGGAAGCUCAUUCAAAUGUCAGAAUUCUCAAGCAUGCCAAAUUUGGAGAGACUAAUUCUUAAAGGUUGUGUAAGCUUGAUUGAUAUUCACCCAUCUGUUGGAAAUAUGAAGAAGCUUACUACCUUAAGUUUGAGAUUCUGUGAUAAGCUUAAGAAUCUGCCAGAUAGCAUUGGAGACUUGGAAUCUCUUGAGAUUCUUGAUCUCUCUUAUUGCUCAAAGUUUGAGAAAUUUCUGGAGAAGGGAGGGAACAUGAAAAGUUUAAAGAAGCUUCGUUUAAGGAAUUCUGCUAUUAAGGAUCUGCCUGAUAGCAUUGGAGACUUGGAAUCUCUUGAGCUUCUUGAUCUCUCUAAUUGCUCAAAGUUUGAGAAAUUUCCGGAAAAGGGAGGGAACAUGAAAAGUUUAAUGGAGCUUGAUUUAAAAAAUACUGCUAUUAAGGAUCUGCCGGAUAGCAUUGGAGACUUGGAAUCUCUUGAGAUUCUUAAUCUCUCUAACUCAAAGUUUGAGAAAUUUUCGGAGAAGGGAAGGAACAUGAAAAGUUUAAUGGAGCUUGAUAGCAAUCAGCUUUGCAAUCUGCAAAAACUUAAUAUCAGUCAAAGCAAAAUGGCUGGGCAGAUUCCGGUGCUUUCUUUAAGUCUAAAAGAAAUAGACGCACACCAUUGCACAAGCAAGGAAGAUUUAUCAGGUCUGCUCUGGCUUUGCCACCUCAACUGGUUGAAAUCCACAACAGAGGAGUUGAAAUGCUGGAAACUCAGUGCUCGUAUUCCAGAAAGUAGUGGAAUUCCAGAGUGGAUAAGGUAUCAAAACUUGGCAAGUGAAGCAACAGCAGAGCUUCCAAUUAAUUGGUAUGACGAUCCUGACUUCCCAGGAUUUGUUGUAUCAUGUGUUUAUCCUUCAAGUUAUGGCCAUUGUCAUGGUUUCUGGUGUGAAUUGAAUUUACAUGGCAAUGGACUUAGAUUCACGGAUCGAUGCUAUCAUUCAUCCUUGUGUGAGUGCCAUGGUAAUUUUAAAGAUGCGAGAGAUCAAGUAUGUGUUUGGUGGUAUCCUAAGAUUGCUAUUCCGAAAGAGCAUCACCAUAAAUACACACAUAUUAAUGCUUUAUUUGAGGGUACUGAGAUAGACAUAAAAAAAUGUGGCAUCAAUCUUAUAUUUGCGGGAGAUCAACAAAAUCAUAUGCCCAUGUUGGAGCAUCCUCAGAAUUCUGGUGACAAUGGAUCAGCAUUACAAGAUACCGAUGGUAAUGUUCAUGGGGCUAAUCAAGAUGAUGAACACCACCAUAUUCCCACGUUAGAUCUCCUCGGGAAUGUUGGUGACAAUGGAUCAGUAGUACUUGAAGACAAAAACCGUAAGAGAAGACGUGAUGAUUAACUCCAUCACCAGUACCAAUCAGAACGAAAUCACAUGUGGUUGUUGGGGGUGGAGUUUAUGUUUUUUUCUAUCAACUUAUUGGUGGAAACCUCAGGACAAUGAGGAGAAGUAAAUCUCAAGAUGCAAGUGAGAUUCCAAAUGUUGCUAAGGUGGUCUACUCUUGCAUAUGAUCAGUCUUGCUUACCAUCAUGACCAUCAAGAAAGAUGCUACAAUUUGUGUAUUGAAAGUGUGAAUUAGGAAUGUUAAAAAAUGAAAACUUGAAUUGACAUAUGUUUUUGCCUAUAAGAUGUGUGGUUAUAGGCCAUUCUUAUGGGUAUGUAAUUGACCUUGAUGUUGCAUAUCACCCUCUUUGUAUCUUCAAGCUAGUGGUUAGAGCUUCUCCGGAUAGUGAAAGACAAGUGUCAUGGAUUUAAGUAUUUUCAAAGCUCUCAUGUGGCACACAGACAAUUCAAGUCUCUUGAAGUUGUUAAUUCUUUCAUGUUGUGACAAAGGUCUGUAUCACAUUUCACACAUUAUAACCAUCACAUUUUAACUCAA